AUGGUGCGCUCUAUAGCAAUACUCUUUUUCUUACUAUUCUCAUGUUUUAAUGUUGAAGCGCUGAAAAGUGAACAACUUCAGCAGAUUCAUGCCGGCUACUGUCCAAUGCAUAUGAUGGCGUGCGCCAUUUAUUGUCCACCUGCUUCUCUUAAUUUAUUGUUUCCAAGACAAUUCGAUGGCUGCAAAAGUGAUAGUGCAUGUGGUUCUGAUGAAAAAUGUUGUAAACCAGCUUGCGGAUGCACUAACAAAUGUAUUAAAGCUGUAGAGAAGCCAGGAUUUCAAAAUUCUCUUUGA